AUGACAACGUCGGUGGCAAAACCCGCAACACAAAAAUCAACGAAAAAGGGUGACUACAAUGUGCUGGCGAAAGCACUGUAUUUUAUGGUAUCAUUCUUUGAAGGCUACGACCAGCAAGUGUUAUCCAUGUGUAUGAGGGCUUUCGAGUUAACAUUGGGAUUUUCCCAGUCUCAGUUGUCUACUUUGGCGACCGUGUCUACCAUGUCCCGCAUGGGUUGCUGCAUAAUUUGGGGGUUGCUCGCGGAUGAAAAUGACUCCAAUCACGUACUUGGUGCUGGUUUAAUAUUGAUGGGUAUAGCAUCGAUUUUUUUAAGUUCCGCUUCACACUACAAAGUGAUUCUUUUCCUGCGCUUCUUGCACGGCUUUGGAUUCGCUUGCGUCUACCCGGUUCAACAAAAGAUUGUUGCAGAGUCAACAGAACAAAAGGAGUCGGAGAUUGAGCAAACUCAACAGCCUUCCGAGUCUCAAUCUUCAACAGGAGAAACACGGAAAAGGAAAAAAAAGUCUAAUAGUAUAUUCACGUAUUUUCAAGCAUUGAACUGCAUUGGACGAUUGCUGUGUGCGGUAAUAACUACGAUUAUUGCACGCAAAGUUUUAUUGGGAUAUUAUGGUUGGCGCACGUCUUACGUUGUAUUGGGGUACGUAUGGAUAUUGUUUGGUAUUGGUAUCGAAUGUGGUAUGAUACUACAGAAGGGUAAAAAUGUACAACAAUGUGAUUCUCAAGAUGGCAAACUUGCGCAGCGUAUAGCGGAUUCAUUUUCGGAAGUUUUUAAAAAGAAGCCGACUGCAUUGAUUUCGAUAUUUACACUAUUCAUUGCGGAAGCUCCAAUGUGUGCAUUUAAUUACAUGACCAUAUAUCUGCAAUAUUUGGGGGUAUCCGACACAAUGGCAGGCGUUGCAAUUGCCGUCACACUGAUCGGUGGUGCAGCGGGAAGUGGAGCGGGGGGAGAAGUUAUAGAGAAAAUGUCAGAAAAAUAUGAUCAUUUUGAACUCGGUUCUGGAAUUGCAGUAAUGGUAGUCCGACUUGUUGUAUGUCUAUUAUUCUUUUUGGGGCCGGCUCCAUGUGGGAAAUUGCUUUGGUAUCAUUAUGUAGAGUUGGCAACGCUGGGUGGGACAUUAGUGACGGUUGGUGGCGUAGAUAGGGCUGUUAUGAAAGAGGUUAUCAAAGAUGAGUACCAAGGUACGGCAUCUGCCAUUGUUCGAACAAUAUCCGGCAUUUCAAGUAGUGUAAUUCUCUUCCAGGUGUCAGCAUAUUUAACAGAAAAGAUUUUCGGCUACGUUCCCUCUAGGGAGUCGUUUGAAACAAUGGCUACGGAUAUUAAGGAGAGAAAUGCUGAAGCGCUGAGAAAGUCAAUGAUGUACAUCAUUUUGGCAGGCACAGUACUCAACGUUAUUUGUUAUGUUGCGAUGUUUUUUACGUACACUAAUGAUAAGGAGAAGGGUAGUUCGGAAACUAAGACUGAGUAG